AUGUACGAGAAAAAGGAGGGUCGUUCACAGAAAGCGGCCCCCAAGGAAGAGAAAAAAAGAAAAGAUGUUUGGAUGGCGGACUCCACUAGUCAGCCGUCCAGUAAGAAGAGAAAGGAAUUCACUCCAUACUCCCCCAAGUAUGAGUUCAACAAAGAUAAUCAUACCAUUUUCAAAGAAGUUACAGGCCGACUCUCACUUGAGAAGCCGACACCUAUGAAGGGUGAUCCUAGCAAGCGCAACCAAGGCAAGCACUGCCAUUUUCAUGAUGACGUUGGGAAUGAGACCAACGAAUGCAUUAGUCUCAAGCGUCUGCUGGAUCAGUUGGCUGAAAAAGGUGAUAUGGACUCUUAUGUCAAGAAACCUAAAGGAAAACAGCCCCGCCAAACAGAAUCAGGUGAGACCUCUGGUACCUCGUUUCCUGAGGUUAUUAUUUCUGAGAAAGAUUCGGGUGGUGUCCGACAGCCGCAUGACGACCCAAUGGUCAUCGAGUGUAAAGUGGCCAAUCAAAGAGUCGGUAGGAUACUUAUCGAUACAGGGAGUUCGUCGGACCUCAUCAGCCAUAAGUGCUUGACCAAGCUCAAGUAUAGGCCUGAGAGUAUACAACCUGUCUCCCAUCCUCUCGUAGGAUUUGGAGGGGGAGUCAUCCAUCCGAUUGGUCAAGUUGACUUGCCCGUCCGUCUGGGUGAGAGAGGUGAGGGCCGCCACAUGGUCAUUUAUUUCCUGGUUGUGGAAGAACUUACUGCCUACAACAUGAUCCUUGGGCGCCCCACCCUUAAUGACUCUAAAGCAGUUAUCAUUCUAUCCUUUAUGUUGCUCAAGUCUGAGAAGGAUGAAAAAACAGUCGGUCCCAUAAGGGGGGAUCAGAGAAUGGCCAGAGAAUGUUACCUCACUGACAUCAAAACAACGGUGACUUCAGACGGCCCAACUGGCAAAGCCAUAGAAGAGGCGUCUGCCCAAGAGGCAGGCGGCAGGAAGAGAAAAGCCUCCGAGACGGAGGUCAAGAAAAAUCAUAAGCAAUAG